CUUAAAGUGUUAUUGGAUCAUUAUCAACGUAUGAAAGAUGAAUGGAGGAUUCUAAGUUAUCGUAAGGCUAUUUCUGCAAUUAAAAGGCAAAAAGAACCAAUUACUUCUUAUCAAGAAGCUAUAGAAAUUCGUGGUAUAGGACAUCGCACUGCUGAAAAGAUCGCUGAAAUUAUUAAUACAGGAAAUUUAAAAAGAUUGCAGCAUUUUUCAAAAGACGAUGAAGACCUUCGAGAAAGAAUUCCACGAGAUGAAGUGACUGAAAUUUCAAAACGCGUAGAAGUAGCUGCUUGUAAAAUUGACCCAAAAUUAUUAUGUAUUACUGCUGGGUCUUACAUAAGAGGUCAACCAACUUGCGGUGAUAUUGACAUUAUGUUAACCAGAAAUAAUUCUGAUGGAAAAUCAAGUUCGG